AAUACAUAUCAUCAUCACGAAAGCCCUAACUCUGAGAUUAAGCACACGUAUCAGCUUACUGCGGCCGUCAGGAGAAAAAAAACAGUGACGCAAAACAGCCAUGGGCAAAGUUCACGGAUCCUUGGCUCGUGCCGGUAAGGUGAGAGGACAGACACCGAAGGUAGCGAAGCAAGAUAAGAAGAAGAAACCUAGAGGACGUGCUCACAAGCGUCUCCAGCACAAUCGCCGUUUCGUUACCGCCGUUGUUGGUUUUGGUAAGAAGAGAGGACCCAACUCUUCUGAAAAGUAGACGAAGAAGAAGAUAUGAUAACAUAUGCUUGAGGAAGUUUUUCAUAAUGGCUAUUUUGUGCAUUUCUCUUCUUAUGUUUUAGUCAUGUUUUUUUGGAACUAAACUUAUAUAUCCUUUUGAUUCUAUGCUAUGAAUUAAGACUUUACUCCUGAA